AUGCAACUUCCCCCAGCCGCCGUCAUGGCGCAUUGGCCAACUCCUAAUUACGUUGACCCGGUGACUCGUGGACAUGGUGUCCUAAUUGUCAAUGUUGUAUGCAUCAGCCUGGCGUUUGUGGUUACAAUACUCCGCAUAUAUACUCGACUCCGCAUUACUUCCACCGCCGGUAUCGACGAUAUUUUGAUUGUAAUCGGUCUGGUCUUCGCCAUUGCAAUGGUUGCCGUCACCUCGCUUGCAAGCGAAAAAUGGGGCUUCAACAGACACGUCUGGGACAUUCCCGUGACAUGGUUCCCCACUAUCGAAAAGCUGAAUCUGGCUUUCCAGCUCAUGUUCUCAUGGUCAUCGGGUUUCACCAAAGUUUCGCUACUCUGGUUCUGUCGACGGCUUCUUGGUGCUGGAAAGGGUAGCUUUGUGAUCUACAAUUGGGCUUUUAUCGGAUCCAUGAUCUUUGUCGCGCUUUCCGUCUUCAUGUUCACUUUCCUUAGCAUCUUCCAGUGCUCACCCGUCAAAGCAUACUGGGAAGUCGAACCCACAUAUCCACACAAAUGCAUGAACGACGGAGACAUCGUCUUCUCGGCCAGUGUCAUCAACAUCUUCACCGAUUUCCUAGUUACAACAAUCCCAAUGCCCCUCAUCUGGAGUCUCAAGCUCCCCACUCGCCAACGAUUAGCCGUGAUCUCAAUCUUCGGGCUAGGCGCCGUCGUCAACGUCGCCGGUUCCGUCCGCACAGUAUACGUCUGGAGAAGCCAAAUAGCCAGCUAUGACCAAACCUGGCAAGGAUGGCCAAUCCUUGUCGCUGCCGCCGUGGAGAUCAGUUUAGGCUUGAUCUGCUCGUCAGCACCAGCCCUCCGCCCACUCAUCGCAACCUUCCUCCCCCGCCUCCUCCAGUCAACCAGCAACAUCUACGGCUACAACCGCCAAAAUCGCUCGAACAGACUCUGGUCUUCGACCGGACGCUCUCGAAACUCGCAUAUGAAACAUGCUUCGGAUUCACGUCAGGCGGGUUAUGAAAGUGAUCGCUUUGAGAUCUUGCGUACCGUCGAGAUGGAGACGUGGACUGAGUCUAGGCUUGCGUAUCAUAAUGAUAUGGUGGGGACUGAUAACCGUGCUAUAUCACCUGAUGAUAUUGAGAAGAAACAAGAUCCUAUGGUUUAUACCUCUACUGCCAGCGGUAAAUCAUCCACCUCGUUUGGGCGGGUGGAGUCGCCGGUUGGUAUGGGCCGGGCUUUUUGA